AUGAUGCAGGCGAAGACGCCCCCCGCUCCAGUGGGAACCAUGGGCUCUUUCUACCAGAAACGGCCCAUGCCUUUACAGUCUUUCCUCCACGGGCGGCGGCCUCAGUCCAGCCAGUCGCCCUUCGCGUUGGCCUCAGAACGAACAGCACAAGCAGCAGCUGCUGCAACAGCGGCGGCCGCAGCGGCCGCAGCAGCGGCAGCGAUAAAGUCAGUGUUGGCUUCUGGAAGCUGUUCCUCAGCUGCUGAACCCAAUAACGGAGUGCCUCCUCUCUCGGCAGAGGGCGCUCACCUGAUACUGGCAGCAGCUGUGGCCUCAACUGAAAUCAUCGAAGAACUCAUCCGUCAAGGCGCUGGAGCUGCGGAGUUUGCGGAACUCGAUGGCUGGACAGCAUUCCAUCAGUGUCUGCAACGGCAGCUGGCCUUGAAUUAUCGUUGUAGGGGUGGUCCUAGGGGAACAGUCAGUGACCACAUCCAUAUUUUGCCUUGGGGUUGGACACCAAUUACACGGGAAGCACGUAUUGCAGCUGCAGCAACCCCAGUAGCUGAAGCAACACCAGUAGCCGCAGCUGCAACACCAGUAGCUGCAGCAAUACCACUAGCUGCAGCAGCACCAGUAGCUGCAGCACCAGCAGCUGUAACAGAAAAACUCGAGGUAUGUGAGAAGGCUGUCGCGUUUAUGCUAAGGGGAAGGCGGUCUGUGAACGUCUGUGAGAGGCUCGCUCGGUGGUCUGUGUGA